ACUCUUCUCUUUACGAUUACCACGAGAAUGCUGAUGAGACGUUCAAUUAGGACAUUUUCAAGCUUGAAUAGACCGAAUUGCAUACAUCCAACCAGCUUAGCAAGAAGAGCGUUCAGCAGCACAUCUAAAUCAGCUGCAGUCGCACAGUCUUCUGUCCUCGGGGGUGACGGCGGCGAAAUCAACAGCCCAUCUGAGCUUGCUAGAAAGAUAUCAGCAGCUGUACUCCCAAAGAUUGACAAACCAAACGUCAAGAGAGUCUUAGUUGUCGGCUCUGGUGGUUUGUCAAUUGGACAAGCGGGUGAAUUCGAUUACUCUGGCUCACAAGCUAUCAAAGCUCUCAGAGAAUCCGGUAUCGAAGUUCUUCUCGUCAACCCAAAUAUCGCUACAAUUCAAACCUCACACGAACUUGCACACCAAAUUUACUUCCUCCCUGUUACUCCUGAUUACGUCGCUGCCAUUCUCGAAAAGGAGCGUCCAGACGGUAUCUUCUUGACCUUCGGUGGUCAGUCUGCCCUUAACGUCGGUGUAGCGCUCGACAAAAUGGGUUUGUUCGAAAGAUUAGGUGUAAAAGUUUUGGGUACUCCUAUUAGAACUUUGGAAGUCUCUGAAGACAGAGAUUUAUUCGUUCAAGCUUUGAAUGAAAUCGAUAUUCCAGCUGCUCAGUCAACCGCUGUUAGCACUGUUCCAGCUGCUCUCGAAGCUGCUGAGAAGAUCGGUUACCCUGUCAUUCUUCGUUCAGCUUUCUCUCUCGGUGGUCUCGGUUCUGGUUUCGCUAACAAUGAAGACGAACUCCGUGAUCUUUCAGCCAAAUCACUCAGUUUGAGUCCACAAGUUUUGAUUGAAAAGUCAUUGAAGGGUUGGAAGGAAGUCGAAUACGAAGUUGUUAGAGACGCUGCUGACAACGUCAUUAUUUGCUGUAACAUGGAAAACUUCGACCCAUUAGGUGUCCACACUGGUGACUCUAUCGUCGUCGCACCAUCACAAACACUCACAGACGCUGAAUAUCACAUGCUUCGUUCAGCAGCAGCAAAGAUCGUCCGUCACGUCGGUGUCGUCGGUGAAUGUAACGUCCAAUACGCCCUCGACCCACACAGCAAGCAAUACAUGGUUAUCGAAAUGAACGCUCGUCUUUCACGUUCAUCUGCCCUCGCUUCAAAGGCUACUGGUUACCCACUUGCUUACACAGCAGCAAAGAUUGGUCUCGGACACACCCUCCCUGAGCUUCCAAACGCUGUCACCAAGUCAACCACUGCUUGUUUCGAGCCAUCACUUGAUUACAUCGUCACCAAGAUUCCAAAGUGGGAUUUGGCAAAAUUCCAACACGUACAACGUGACACUGGUUCAUCCAUGAAAUCUGUUGGUGAAGUUAUGGCUAUUGGUCGUACAUUUGAGGAAUCUCUCCAAAAAGCCGUUCGUCAAGUUGACCCAAGCUUCCAAGGUUUCGAAGCCUACUGGCAACCAGAAGAUCUUGAUGCUCAACUCAUCCAACCAAAUGACCGUAGAUUAUUCGCUAUUGCCCACGCUAUGCUUAACAAGGGAUACACCGUUGACAAGCUCCAUGAUCUUACCAAGAUUGAUCGCUGGUACCUCUACAAGCUUGACAACAUCGUUCAACUUCACAAGCAACUCUCAUCAAUUUCCGGUUUAGACGCAGUUGACAGAGAACUUUUAUACCAAUCAAAGAGAGCCGGAUUUGCUGACACUCAAAUCGCUACACUUACAAAGUCAAGCGAAGGUGAAGUCAGAAAGAUGAGAAAGGAUUUGGGUAUCACUCCAUUCGUUAAGAGAAUUGAUACUCUUGCUGCUGAAUUCCCAGCACACACUAACUAUCUCUACACCACAUACAAUGCUCAAUCACACGAUCUUGAGUUUAACGAGAACGGUACUAUGGUUCUUGGUUCAGGUGUCUACAGAAUCGGUUCAUCUGUCGAAUUCGAUUGGUGUGCUGUCACCUGUGCACGUGCAGUCCGUGGUAUGGACAAGAAGACAAUCAUGAUCAACUACAACCCAGAAACCGUUUCAACUGAUUUCGAUGAAGCUGAUCGUCUUUACUUCGAAGAACUCGGCUGGGAACGUGUUAUGGAUAUCUACGAACUUGAGCAAGCGGAGGGUGUUAUUAUCUCCGUCGGUGGUCAACUUCCACAAAACAUUGCUCUCCGUCUUAAGCAAUCAGGUGUCAAUGUCCUCGGUACUGCACCAGAAGAUAUCGAUAUGGCUGAGGAUCGUCACAAGUUCUCCAGCGUCUUGGAUUCAAUCAAUGUUGAUCAACCAGCAUGGGUUGAAGCAGCAACUCUCGAAGAUGCCAAAGCUUUCGCUAGCAAGGUCGGCUACCCAGUACUCAUUAGACCAUCUUACGUCCUUUCUGGUGCUGCCAUGAACGUUGUCUACGAUGAAUCAACACUCGAGCACAACCUCUCUGCAGCAGCAAACGUUUCACCAGAUCACCCAGUUGUUGUCACUCAAUUCAUUGACAGCGCUCAAGAGAUUGAUGUUGAUGCCGUCGCUCACAACGGUGAAUUACUCGUUCACGCCGUUUCAGAACAUGUUGAGAAUGCAGGUGUUCACUCCGGUGAUGCAACACUCGUCCUUCCACCAUUCUCAUUGCCAGACGCUGAAAUGCCACGUUACAAGGAAAUUGCUCAGAAGGUUGCAAAGGCAUUCAGAAUUUCUGGUCCAUUCAACAUGCAAAUUAUCCGUAAAUCUGGUGAAAAUGGUGAAGAACCUCAACUCAAGGUUAUUGAAUGUAACUUGCGUGCAUCAAGAUCCUUCCCAUUCGUUAGCAAAGUACUCGGUAGAAACUUCAUUGAUAUCGCAACAGCUGCUAUUGUUGGUAAGAACGUACCAGAACCAGUUGAUUUGAUGGCUGAAAAGAGAGAUUACGUCGCAAUUAAGGUCCCACAAUUCUCAUGGACUAGAUUGGCAGGUGCUGAUCCAUUCCUUGGUGUUGAAAUGGCCUCCACUGGUGAAGUCGCCUCAUUCGGUAAGGAUAUUCACGAGGCUUACUGGGCAUCAUUGGCAUCAACUAAUGGUUUCCGUAUUCCUAAAGCUGGUAAAGGUGUUUUAGUUGGUGGUGACAUCAACAAACCAGAAUUGAAGUCAGUUUCUGAGAAACUCACUAAAUUAGGUUUCAAGAUUUACUGUUCAAACCCAUCAGUUGAAGCACACCUCAAUGAAUCAGGAUUAUCACCAACUAAGAGAAUUUUCUUCCCAACUAAGGACAAGCGUAAAUUACGUGAAGUUUUCGAUGAUCAUGAAAUUCAAUUCGUUGUCAACCUUGCUAAAUCACGUGGUAAGGAUACCGUUGAUGAGGAUUACGUCGCACGUCGUAACUGUGUUGACUUCGGUUUACCACUUUUCAACAAUGCUAGACUCGCUCAAUUGUUCGUUGAAGCACUUGAGAAGAAGAUGCCAGUUGGCGGUUUAGACGGUUACAGAGAGGGUAACAUUCCAUCAGAAGUCAAGUCUUGGAAGGAAUUCGUUCCAGAAGAACGCGAGAACUAAAAUGAUAAGAUGCUUUAAAUAUUAUAAUGUAUAGACUUGUAUAUUUUCAAAUUUCAAUAUAUUUUUCAGAUUUUAUAGGUAUGUGAAAAAAGUGAAAGUGCAAUACAUGUAUCAAUUAUUUAAUCCUUCCUGUAGUCUAUAUUCAUGUACAACAGCUUCGAGAUAUCGUCCAGCUGCAUAUCCAAGUGAUUGUUCCCAUCCAUCAAGCCUUUGAGCGACGGCUUUAGCGUUGAAUGAUGAUUUUUGAUGUCCUAAGAGAGAAGCGAUAAUUGGUGACUGACCAUCCUGUUCACCAUUUUCAAUUGAUGGUGGUUUAUUCGUCAAUAUGUGUGGUAAAGUUGGUAAAAUGGAAGGCGAAAGUGAUAUUAGAUAUCUU